AUGCAACGAAAGCCACGCUCCUCCUCAGAAACGACAACCUCAUCCACCUCAUCCACCUCUUCAGCCACCUCAACUACCUCAUGGGACCUCCUCAUGCCCACCUCCCCGCCCCUCACCCGCACGCACUCCUGCCCAAAUCCAACACCCACCCCACAAGCCCCGCUCUCCCCCGCCAUCGCCAACCUCGAACAAAUCUCCCGCUACUGCGUCACCGUAACCAACGCGCACUUCCCCUCCCCCACCUCCCUCCUCGCCUACAUAACGCCCCACAUCUCCCCCUCCUGGGCCGCCGACUUCGACGGCUUCCCCGCCGAAACCUCCUUCCCGCGCCACUUCUACCUGCACCUGCACAUCAUGCGCUCGAACCCGGAAUAUAGCGCGUCCGUGCUGAAUGUGACGACCAUCGCGGAUGAGGCGGAGGGUUGGGCGGAUGUGAUGAUGUUGUUGGAGGUUAAGGGGCGGCCGAGGGGGACGAGGAGGCAGACGCUUGUGGUGUUGAGGUGGAAGAGGGGGUGGGAGGGCCAGUGGAAGUGGGUGCAUUUGAGUAGUAUGAGGGGGAUUGGGUCCAUUUUUGGGGAGGUGGCGGGUGCGGAGUGA